AUGAGUCACUCGCUCGCUGCUUCCUCUUAUCAGACUCCUUUCCCCUCUUACACGUUGUUAUCAGGCACGGCCUCCUGCCGGCUGUUCUCCUCCGAUCUUGCAACAAUUUUCGGUUUGACCAUCGAUUUUCGGGCGUUUUGUCAUUCAGUUUCGAGUUUUUUCAGGCGGUACGCAGCUCAAAAUGCCCAAUGACAUUCCGUUGUUACCGCCGAGAAAUCAGCAGAAACACUUGGACAAAACCAUGAUCUCAUUGCCCUCGGACUUCAGGUAUUUGCAAAUGAGAAGGGCGGUGCAGAGCUCUUCCUUUUUCAGACAUCUCGCACACGUCGGUCCUAAAACGCCUUCUGAAAUCGACAACAUUCGCAACAGCGACAAUGUCAUCGAGGCCGUCAACGAAGUGUUCGUUCUCCAUUUUUCUUCGUCUUCUGAUUCGAUUGAUUCCAGAAGCUACUACAUCAAACCGUCCUCCUCGAAUAACACAUUGAAAUCCGUGAGAUCUGAGGAACCUGGUCUCCAACACUUUCAGAGAGUGCUCCUGGAUGUUGUCUUUCCGUCUGCAAAAAAUGAGGAAGAGGUGGUGAGAGGAUACGAGAAUCAGCCGACUUCCCAUCAGUACGUGAAUGUGCAGCCUAUUCGGCCUAGCACGAAAAAGUACAAAGCGCCGGCGCCACCCACUCCUCCCCCACAGUGAGUUUUCCGAGCGCCUCUUUCAGUUUCCCAACGGAACACCUCAGAAAUGCCAAACCCUGUCUGAUCGAUGAGAUCCUUCCGGAUCCGCCGGUCGUCUUCCGAUCAAUCUCCAAAAGCGGCAAUCUCUCCGAGCCGAUUCCUUCCCCGAAGAUCCACACUCCGGAGAGAAUCGAAGCGCCCAAGCAGAACUCGGUGGUCAUCGAGAGACCCGGAGAGCUGGGAGCAUUCAACUUCGGACUGGAUGACUGCAUUCCAGUCACCAAACAGACUUCUCCUCUCAAAACUCUCUCGCCCAUCCAUCGACCGCUGGCCAUUCCGAAGGAAACGCCCAUUCUGACGCCUGGCAGUCCUCCGAAAUACCAGGAAGACGGGUACAUGUCGACUAUUCGGAGCACUUCUGCGCAGGGAAAACAGAUCUUAGACGAUUUGGACAAUUGGCUGGAUGAUUUGGACGAUGACGACAAAGAGAAACUGUCGACGAUCAGCACUGAUGAGAGCGGAUAUCCGACACUGGCACUCGAGAAGGACCGCGCGUUCAUGAAGCAUUUGGUGGAGAAGUACGAGCUGGGCGUCGAGCCGGAGACAAUCCGACUGAGGAAGAAGAAGGCGCCGGCUCCGCGUCUCCCUCCAGAAGCCCUUUCCUCGUCGCCGACGUUCCAAGGCGUCGGGUCGAUCCCUCCGUUCUCGGCCCGUCCCGUCAGCAUGCCUCCCAACCGGCCUCCUCCUUCUUACGAUGCUCCGAGCUUCGAUGCUCCCGCCUAUGAGCCGGCAGCAGUAUUGCUCAACGGACGAGCUCUGACAAAACAGAAUGCGUUGGAUCUGCGUUCUAGUGGCGAAGUCUCUCCGGCGAUUGCUCGUUUCCUGGAGGAUAAAAGAGUGAAGUCGUCGACAAUGCCAGUGUCGCUCGGAAGAAUGACGCCAUCUUCUGGUUUAACCGACGUCUCAACCACUUCAUCUCGAUCGGACGCGCUCUCAAGUGCUAUGCUUUCUAAUGUUGGCGACGACGAAGAAGUUCUGGUACGAAACGAAGAGAUUGACGAACCGCCUCCAGUUCCGAAGCCACGAACGAAGAAAUCAGUGGGUGACAUUGAAAAGGGCAAAGAAUCAGAAUCAGAGGCGAAUGUUUGCAGGUGUCGACGGAACCGUUGAUCGAGGAGAGCGAAUUGACGGAAAACGUGAUUGGGGAGGAGUUUGAAGUGAUCGAAGCAAAGACCGAAAAGGAAAACGAAGGGAGCGAGGAGAAGAAGAGGGCGGAAGAGGUGAGAGAUCCCUGGAAAAGUACGGGCGGCCCGGCAGUUAUAUUGUUUGAUCUUAUAGUCAGUGUCUGCUUUUCUCUCGCUCUUUUUACUUUUAUUUGUUGAUUGAAAAGAGAGAGAGAGAGAGAGAGAGAUCACACGACUCGACGAGGCAAACAACGUGACUGACUGAGACAGAUGGCGCGAGGAACGGGAGGGGACACAGAUGAAUACUAAUUAGGACAUGAUCGAUUGAUUCUGAGUGUGUCUGUUUCAGAAGCCUUUGAAGAUGAACGAACAACUGCCAGAAGCAGAAGGGAACGAAGACGUGGAAGAUGAUGACGACCUAAUUGUGACCCGAUUCUAG